UGUGUUUUAAAGAAGAAGAAGAAGAAGAAAAAGAAGGAGAAUAAGAAGAAAAAGAAGAAUAAGAAACUCGAGGAAAAGUGUUGGGACGUUAUUUUUACUACAGGAGAGUGUUGCUGCGAGAAAGCUGAGAAAAAGGGAGAGAAACGGAGGAAGGGCCACGACUUUAAGAAUAAGUGGGAAGGAAAGGGACAAGGAAGAGGAGGAGAUAAGAGGGAGUAAAAAACAGGGUGAUCUCGAGGAGUUUUGUGUGAAAGAAGAGAAUACAUAUAUAUAUAUAUAUAAAAGAAAAAGAAAAGAAAAAAAAGAGUGAAGGUGGUUGAUCGUGUCUGCUGGAAAAGGAGCUUGGAUAUAAUAUAAGGUGGUGAAAACGUGGUGAACUCGAGGAAUAAAGGAUAAAAAGGAGUAGUUGAAGAAGACGAAGAAGAAGAAGAAGAAGAAGUGGAGGAGGAGGAGGAGGAGGUGGAAGAAGAGGAGAUUUUCAAUGUGUGCAGGACCGUACGAUGGCCGGGGCCCUGUCUGAGAAUGCCCCGAGGCCUGUGAGCGUCGUUGGCGUCGACGGUAGUACCGUGGUAAUUGUCAGGAGCAACACGGAUGAUCAGGAACCGCGAGGGGAUAACAAUAACAACAACAAUCGGCAAAGUAAUAACAACAGCAACAACAAUAAUCCAAACAAUAAUCCCAACAACAACGGGAACAACAGAAGCAACAACAGCAGCAGCAGCAAUUUCAUCAACGGCAAUGGCAACGGCAACGGCAACGGCAACAGUAAUAACAGCAACAACGUUAGGUCGUUCACCUCGACGGAAGCACAAACGGAGGUGGCGCUUCAGAAUGGGCCCGAGGUCCUCGAGGAGUUCGCAAACGAGUCACGUGGCGCGCGUCGCCGGGAGAGGCGAAUGCGGAGACAGCAUCGUAGGGCCCUGAGGAGUUGUUCUCUUCCACCGACUUAUCCGGGGGCCGCUAACGCGGCCGUAGCGGUCGGUGCAUGCCCCGCGUCCGCAACCGCACCCGGAGUGCCUUUGGUGCCACCUACGAGGGGUUUCCUUCACCCUCCGCCACCUCAUCUCGGACUAAGGGGACUCAGUUUGGGUUUACCCUUUCCUGUACCUACCAGCGUCUCGGCAUUUGGCAGGGACGCAGUACCGAAGCAAUGUUGCGGCUUAGGUUCCCCGCCGGUACGUUGGUCCAUACUCGGUGUGGGAGUGGUGGGCCUUGUUUGUGCCGGUGCUGGUGCACUUUUGGGUGCACUCAGAGCUUCGGGACGCGAUCACAUCGCUGUGGCCCUUCUCAUGAUCGGAAUAGGAGUGGUCCUUGUAAGUGUUAGCGCAGUGGCGUGGCGAGUGACCAGCCGAGAAAAUUGCGGCAGCUUCUUCGGUUUCACGGGGAUCACCGGUCGGAUUCCACCGGCGAGGCCGAUACACCCAUACGCUGCCAUGAUUUAUCCGGAAUUCCAAUUUAGAACACCACCACCGAGUUACCAGGCGAGCAUGCAGGAGUAUAGGUUACGGUUGCUGUUAUUAGACCGGUUGCAACCAACUUCAUCUCCACCACCCACAUACAGGUCGAAUGCAAGUAGUAUCGUUGCUGGUGGUGGUGGUGGUGGUGGUGGUACUGUUCGAGAAAGCAGACCACCGAGUUAUUGCACGCGAGGAAAUCCAACGCCAAAUGUUAAUCUGGUGCCCUCGAAGAAGGACGCGAAUCUCGUCAGGAUCGUACAAACCGAAGCCGAUCCCGUAAUCCUUAGUGGUGAUCAAACGCCACCGGUACCUGCUGUUGAGGUCCUUGCGCAUCUUUAGCCCUUUUACAAACUUUCCUCGCGUCAAUUUUAUUUUUUCCAAUUACUCGAAGGCGUUCUACUUCACCGUUGCUACAUUUGUGAAGGUUUACUUGAUUAUACUGUUCAAUUGUCGGAGAUAUUUGUUAAUCGUUAUUACUUUGAAAUUAUGUAUACUUUGUGCAAUAUUUAUUGAGUAAACAAAAAUAUUACUUGGUCUGUGUUAAACCAAUUCGUUUUGUUCCCAAGUUGUAUGGGGUUCGUAAACAUCCCACGUUUAUAUGAUUAAUUAUUUUACUUCUGAUGUGUAUAUAUAUGUUAGAAUAUUUAUAAUAAUUGACAAAAUGAUAUUUAUUAAUAUAAAAGUAUAAAGUUUAAGAGAUGUAAUUCAGAACGUUACGAUGAGUUCCAUUUUAUAUAUUAUUUUAUUCAAUUUCAAUUGGUCUGAACAAAAAGUUUUGCGUGGGAUGUAUACGACCUACGUGGUAUACACGGAACAUGUUAAUUUUCGUUUAUUAAGAUUCCUCAUUUUUAUCGAAUAGUAUAGGAUUAACGGUGCAUCGAUAGUAACAGUAUAAUCAUGGCCUAAUACAGCGAUUUGUCGCGUUAAGCGAAUCCGAUUCUGAGCCAUAAUAUCGUCGUCUGACGUAGACGUUUAUAUUGUUAGCUUUGUAAGAUUUAUUUUGUAUUUUAUUUUAUUUUCACACACGUGCAAGAGGAAUUAUAAUUUCUUUUUUUAUUUUUCUUCCCCCGACACAGUAUUCGCUCGCGGAGUGUAUAAGAAGAAGAAGAAGAAACAUGCGUCUUCUUCCGAAAAAAAUCUUUUUUGCGUGCUAACGAAAAAGAAUAUAAAUAUAUAUACAUGUAUAUUUUAAUUAAUAAUCGUCUUGUGUUGUUCCGCAAUGCCGAAAUGCAUUGAAACGUGUAUCGAAUAUAACAAGAGCCUAUGCUCUCGAUGUUAAUAAUAAACACACCCUCGAUUUUUACUAGCUAUAGUUAUAAUAUAUUGCGCCAUGAUGAAGUAGGUCGUUACGUUGACCUACGACGAUGAUAGAGAAUUGUAUAUUUUGAAUAUAUAAUUAUACGUAUAAUUAUAUACACUACCGGCUAAAAAUUUGGGUACACUUACCGCAUUUGCAUUAUAUAUUUAAGUACAAAUUAUGGAGUCUCCAUUUCGUUAACAAUUAUUUAUUCUUGCACACGUUUUAUAUCGAAAUUUAUUAAACGUUUCCACUCGAUGAACUUCUUUGCUUGAAACAAAUAUUUUCAAGAUCUCUAGGUAUAGAGGAAAAUAUAAAUUAGAAAUAUGAAUUAAAAUAUAUUUGUCACUAAUUAUAUAAGAAAGAAAAUUUAUAUUCGAAAAGCAAUUCUUCUCGAUACAAGUACGAAUAUAUUUUUAUUUUGUAUUAAAAACUAAGUUAAAUAUUCGUAUGCGUAGCCUUGACUAUCCCAUAUAAUACGCGGGGUUCACAGCUUACACGUUGGGAAAAUUUUUAUGUAAUUUUAUUAUUAUUUAAAUUGAUCAGAUAUUUUCCUCAAAUAAUAAGUAAUAAGCUUUCACAGCAAAGAACCAGUAUUGUUCAUUAUAUCACGUUAGAAUACUUUGAACGUUUACUUUGGUUUUUGUUGUUUUUUUAUUUACUUUUCUACGAAUUGAGGCAAUGAUGUCAUAGAUUGUUUAUCUCUGUUACGAUUAGAUAUAAAUUGAUUUGGUAGGAAACAAAAAAUGUUAGUUGAAGUUGAUCUAAGUUUUCGGUCGGUAGUGUGUAUAAUACGUAGAAGACUUAGGAUUCGUUCUAAUCACGUAAGUUGUUCUAACCAGUAAAGUUCUAUUAUGUCACGCCGUUAUUUUUUUUUUUCUUUCUUUUUAAAUAUAAUUUUUAAUUUGUUUGACAAAAAAAAAAUAUAUCACGAAUGCCAUUACGCGUUAUAAUGAAUAUUACUUUUAAUUAAAGUUAAAUGAAAUAUACGAGAGUAACUUUUAUAGGAAAAUUUGUUUUAAUUAAAUUGUGUAUAAUAAUAUGAAGUAGCGUUUCAUAAAAAAUAAAAGGAAUAUAUCGAGUUAUCUGGUAAUAGAAUUUUACUUGGGGAACAUGUGAACGAUAUUUGAUGUGAUGAUAGUCCAGUGUUGUUUAUCGAGAUAUACAGGGUGUCCCAAAAGUCACUUAUACCGAUAAAAAGAGUAAAACCAAAAAUAAUAUUAAUUUAUUUUAAUUUAUUAAUAUACAGUGUGUUUUAGUGUAUUUUCUUUUUUUUAUUUCAAGAUAUAAAUUUUUCCCAUUUGAUGACGUCUUACUUUAUACGAGUAAAUAUUUUCAAGAUCUUGAGUAAAAAGAUUACACUGGCUUUUCUCUUUCAUUUUAUCGUAAAUUUACAGACAUACCAUACGUGUAGUGUUGAUUAAUUAAUUUUGAAUUAAUUUUUAGUAAUUUUGUGAACGUCCGAGGAAUAUUUUAAUUUUACUCGAAUUCCUACAAUCCUCAAAUUAAGUUAAGCGACUCCAUAGGGAGAUCGUGAUCCACUUUUGUGGAAGCUCUGAUUUAUACAAAUCAAAUUUAUAACUUUUUAAUUCGGUAAAACGACUUUUGAAAUAUCUUGUAUAUAUUUCUGUAUAUGUAUAUUUUAACAUUUGGCAGGAUCGAUUGUAGUUUUUAUGUGCAUUCGAAAGUAUGCAUUCAAACUACCCUUCCUCAUUGAUCAAACAAAAAACGCGUUAUUGUGUUAUUGUAUUAUGUAUAAUAUUUAUAUAUUUUAAUGAUACGCGUGAACGUUUUAUGAAUAAUGAUUAUACGUCGCACUCGUUAUCCGUAGUCUUUGUAUUUUUAUUUUUUUUUUGAAAACUCGAGAGUUUAGAUAACCGGUGAUUAGUGUUAGCAGCGAUGAUGUGUACAAUAAUUAAUUAAUUAACGAAUUAACGAAUUACUUAAAUGUAUUUUAUAGGAUUAAUCGAUUUGAGAAGACGAUUUCUCUUCAUAGAUUUGUUUCUUUACUCGUUGCCUAUUUCAAAUCGAAAAAAAAACAAAAUACUCAAACUUUAAAUUCAAUGAAAUUUUUAACUCCAGUAGCGAGAUUUAAAACAACGAUUCUAUUACUACUACUACUACUACUACUACUACUUCUAUUACUACUACUAUUACAUUUAAAAAUUAAUUCAAUUUCGUGCGAUUCGUAUUUCAAAAAUCGAUACGUAGUUUUUACGAUAAAAAAAUUUUACAAUUUGUAGAAUAAUUCUAUUUGAAUCAACAUUUUGGAUGUAUUAAGAAGGAUUUUAAAAAAGAUUUUUCUCCAAACUAACAAAUUUCAACGUAGCAAAAAAAAAAAGACACACGUUUGUCGAUCGAAUAUUAAUUUUUUUCAAUUUAACUUAUAGUAUCUCAAAAGAAUAUUAGAAAGAAAAAUUAGCGCGAUGAGCGUAAAUGUUAUAUUUUAAUUUAUUUAAUUUUAAAUCUAACGAACGAAUUCUUCAAUCACGUAGAACGCGAAUGCAUUAUUGUGUCAUUCGAAUAAUAGAUUUGAUAAUUUUAUCGUCGAAAAAAAAGAAAACAAGAAGAAGAAGAAGAAGAAAUAAAUUUGUGCGCUAGUCGCAAUAUUUUAUAAUUAAUAAACGUCGUUGUGCAUUUGUGUAUCGCCAAAAAAAAAAGACAAAUAUUUAAGUAAAUAACCUAUCGCUUCUGAAAAUUAAACGAAAGCAGAAAAGCAAGAAAGGAACGGAAAGAAAAGUUAAGUAAAGUGAAAUAAAAAUAAAGAGAAAAGAAGAAAAUUAAAAAAAAAAAAAAAGAAAUAAUGAAAAUGCUUCGAUGUCGCGUGAAAAUGCUGGGAAAUAUUAUAAUAAUAAUUGCCAACAGGAACUUUGAUGAUAGAUAGAUAGCUUCGAUGAGAUAGAACAAUAUGAUUAUUGGACGAAAAAAAAAAGAUAACAACUAGUACACAUACUCUAGUACAAUAUAUAUGAAUAUUUUUGUAAUCGUCUCUCUUUGAUUGGUUAGAGAGAUACGCGGUAUAUUCAAGAAAAUUAAUAAUAAUAAUAAUAAUAUUAAUAAUAUUAAUAAUAAC